CACUUAGUGGGAGGAGAAGCGCUUCGCCGAAACGCACUCGUGCAUUCGCGUUGCUCUCCGCGCGCAAGAACGCACAAGUCAGCCAGGAGGAAUCAUCCUAAUCCAGUCCUACCGUAUAUAUAUUUUUGACCAAACAUAUAUUCUUCUUCUUUUUUUUUUUUUUUUUGGCUGAGCAAUACACGUCUUUAAGGGAUAUGUUUGCGGAACUUUCGAGGAGCUUUUUCAUCCUUGUGUCCUGCAUGCUGCCGCAGCCCGUGUUUCCCAUGCAGAAUCAGAUGUGCGACGUGAUGACGGAGCUCGACAAUGAGAAAGAGUUGUGCCAGGCUCAAAUUGAGAACAAAACAUCAGGCUGCAGCGGGAUGUGGGACAAGAUCACCUGCUGGCCAAAUGCUGACGUUGGGGAGGUGGUCACCAUCCCAUGCCCCAAGUAUCUCUUCUACUUCUCCAGGGAGAUUCCAACACGUAACCUGUCCAAGACCUGCACGGAAGACGGCUGGACUCCGAUGAGCAGUGAUUCCUAUGUAAUAGACUGCGGCUAUAAUCCCAACAGCACGGUGGAUGAUGAUGAUACGGGAGACUUCUUUGACGCCGUCAAAGUUGGUUACACCAUCGGUCACAGUGUGUCGCUUAGUUCGCUCACCGUCGCCAUCAUCAUACUGUGCCUCUUCCGGAAGCUUCACUGCACAAGGAACUACAUCCACAUGCAUCUCUUUGUGUCGUUCAUUCUGAAAGCCGUCGCAGUCUUCAUCAAGGACGUCGUUCUGUAUGACGUUGGCGAGACGGACAGUUGCCAUUCAUCUGUGGGCUGCAAGGCAGUGAUGGUCUUCUUCCAAUACGCGAUCAUGGCCAGUUACUUCUGGCUGCUGGUGGAAGGCCUGUAUCUCCACGCUCUCCUCGCCGUCUCCUUCUUCUCAGAGAGGAAAUACUUCUGGUGGUACAUCCUGAUUGGCUGGGUGGCUCCAACCAUCUUUAUCUCAGCAUGGGUGAUUACAAAGGCUUAUUUAAAUGAUCUUGGAUGCUGGGAAAUAAUUGAUGACAAACCUUGGUGGAUCAUCAAAACGCCCAUUCUCGUCACCAUUCUUGUCAACUUUUUCCUCUUCAUCUGUAUCAUCCGGAUUUUGCGGCAGAAGAUGAAUUGUCCCGACAUCGGCAGAAAGGAAUCCAAUCAGUACUCGAGACUGGCUAAAUCCACACUGCUCUUGAUACCUCUCUUUGGGAUAAACUACAUCAUCUUUGCCGUCAUCCCGGACCACAUUCACCCACAGCUGAGGAUGGUGUUUGAUCUUAUCCUGGGGUCCUUUCAGGGUUUCGUCGUUGCUGUCUUGUACUGUUUCCUUAAUGGAGAGGUAAGCAAAGACCAAAAUAGCUGCCUAAAAUGUUUACCGGCCUAUUAUAUCACUGGCUCUCCACUUUGCGAGCGCCAUCUCUCCACCGUGUUUUCUCUACCUCCCCGGCCUCCCCUGCAGGUGCAGGCGGAGAUUAAGCGUAAGUGGCGCAGAUGGAUGUUACAGCGCUUCCUGGGCGCAGACACAAAGUACCAGCAGCCCUCCAUAGGCAGCAACGGCAACAACUUUAGCACCCAGAUCACCAUGCUAACCAAAUGCAGCCCCACCGCGCGGCGAGCGUCCGCUUGUCAGGAGCACUUCUCCGCCAUCUGACACGCAAAGGCAACCACUCGGCUCCGCGCGUACCGAACGGGGUGACAUACUUAAGCGGUCCAAUUAGAUGCGGGUGUCCCUUCAGGUCCGGAGGACCUUUCAGUUUGGUGUCAUUCCUUCAACUCGCUGUGAAAGUGCGUAACUUGUUUCUUACAAAGUGAUGUGCACCCAUAAUGGAAGACGGGUAGUACAAGUACAAGUCAUAGUACUGUAUAAAGAUAUUUCGAGAGGAUUGUGCAUUGAUAAUAAAUCAAAAGUGGAUGGGGAGCAAGAUGAACCUUAAGUCCUAAAAAAAGGAUGUGUACUUAAGACCACUUGGGCUAAGGUGUGCAUGCACUUUCACCUUACAGCCCAUGUUGUUUUGUUUAUCGAGAAAAUCCAACGUACUGGAUUUUCAUAUCCCAUCCCAAGGCAUUUUUUUUAUGUGACUUUAUUGCUGGAUGACAUUCCUCAGCAUAGAGACCGAUAAAGCUUGCACAUCUCGGAUUACUGAAGCUUUUACGUAUUUCGUAAAAGUUUACGUAUAAAGGACUUCCAUUAUGGGUCCAUGAUACGUUGCGCUCUAAGUUACUGUAUUUUGUGGUCACACUGAUUGAUGUCUGUUAUUUUCACCAAGUGGUUCGGUCCAGAAGUAUUUGGACAGCCUUUAUAUACGCCUCCAGAAGGCAGCCGGGGCUGAGUGCUUCUCACAUCCGCUUACGGUUCUGAGAUUGGGGGUUUUCGCUGGGUACUCUUGGCAUCCACCCGCAUUCCAAAAUCAUGCAUGUUAGGUUCAUUGAAGACUCAAAAUUGUCCAUUGGUGGGAAUGUGAAUUAUUGUCGUGUCUCUGCGGCCUGAUAUUGGCCAGUGACCAGUCUGGUGGCGUGUCCUCGCCCAAUGUCAGACGGGAUAGGCUCAAGAUGACUCAUGGCCAGGGUUCGAAAUCAACUCUUUUGAUCACUAGCCAAAGCUAUACUGCUGUACUGCAGUCUUAGGCUUGGAGCAGGGGGGAGCACCAAGCUCGUCAGACAGACUGUUAAUAUAAAUAUGUCAUGCAUCCUCCUUUGCACAGUACGUUGUCAUUGUAAGUGUUGCACUGAGGCGACUCUUCAUUUAGUUUAACAAAGUUAAGCCACACUUGUGAUCGGCGCGUAUGUGUGUGCGGUUGUUCUUCGUCGAGCUCUGCUUCUUCCGGUCGGCGGACGUGGCACCAUCACGGGAAACCAGAAAUUUAAAAUGCAAACAAUUGCGGGAGAAUUGGAAUGUUAAUCCAAGCGAUUCUCAAUGACUCGAUGACUGACACAAUUGCCUCAUGCAUCACCGGCCAUAAUGGCGAUCACUUUUUAGAAAAACUGAAUGAAUUUAGAACCCUGCUCAUGACCCCAAUGAGCACAGAAAGUUGAUCGAAAUGCACGGCUAGAUGGAUAGACUGUUGCCGCAUACCCCCACAUGGGCUUGCCGUAUAAAACAUGUUUCACAAAAAUAAGGCUUUUAUUCAUGAUUUAGUGAUUACAAUUCAAGAUACUGAGAGUCACUCAGUGAGUGUAUGUGACAACUGACUUGUUUUCGCAUUUCGCAGGUCUAUUUUGCGGCCUUAUCGGAAAAUUUGCUGUGGCUUUUUUUAAAAUUUGGUUUUCCCGCGUCUAUUUUGAGACACGAUGUGCAGCGUAAUCUCUUCUGUCGGCUUAUUUACGAUUUGACGAUUUUGCAUGCCGUAUUUUUAUUACACAAACACGGCAGCAUCACCCGCCUUUGACCCACCAAAAAAUGUUGAAAGCUAGCUGCAACUACUUGUGAGGUUUUUGCCUGUUAAGUCACCUUGUUCUUUGGUGCUGUCAAUUUUAUAAGAACUGCUAUUGGAUUCAUAAAAAUUAACUAUUGGAUAAAUGCUGUCAAUGUCGAGGU